AAACACAAAUAUUAAUGUUGUAAUGCGCUAACAAAUACAGCGUUAUACCACAAUUAUAUAAGACAAAUUACAACCAACUUCAUUGGAGUAAAGGGUAUUUGUCCAGUCUUUGUAGUUAAGGAUUAUUUAUUACUAUUGUUUUCAACUGACGAAACGAUAUAUUUAAAAUUUGAAUUGAGGUAAAUAAUCGAAAAGCUCUUGUCUGCUUGUGCGGGUGUAGCCUACGUGUGGUGUGGGUAGGUCUAUGUCCCACAUUGGUUUGUCUGCACAUUAUCUCGAGAACCGUUUGACGUACCUACAGCUGAGACAUUUAGAACCAAAAUUGGUCUAUUGAAUAGUAUAGCAAGUCGGAAAACAGGAUUUUGAUUCCAUUACUUAUACCAAAUAAGACGCUUGUUUAUACCAAAAUAGGCUUCUCAGAUUUCUGUAUUUAGUCAACGUACUUUCCUCAUCCGGACAACAAGGAAAACUCAAAUAAAUAUGGCAAUGGAAAUAUAACUUGUUAUAUUUAAUAGUUCCUCUACAUGCAAAACUACAGAAAUAAAUGUCAGACGUAAACAGGCGUGGAUUGCUUAAAUCAGAAGAAAAUCCAAACCCAGACGUCAGUCCCGGCAAUGGUAGUUCCUAGGUCUGGCUGUCCGUUGGCGCUGUAAACAUUGUGGUCCAAACAUGUCACAAAAACAUCAAAAAACACUCCCUACCCCUAGAUACAUAUAUUGAAAAAAAAUAAAAUGGCCAUUAUUAUGGUAGGUCAUUUGGCUCUUCAUUUUAUACGCCGAGAACUAAAAUAAGUUUCACACUUCAAUAAUGUUCACAUUGUUGAACUUUUCCACUAUUAAAUCUUUACAUUAUAAUAUACAAUUUUUCUAAAGCAAAUCUUUCAUAUGGUGCAUAAUUUUAAAAUAUUGUAAAAAAUCACUAUGGUUUAGUAUUUUUUAAUGAGGAACUAAAUCAUAACAAAUUUGAGUGUUAAAAAAAUGUAUACAGUUAUUUAUAUUGCAAAUAACAUAAUAAACCUCUUAACCUAUUAAUACGCAUUGAAUACACUUUAUUUUUUAAUUACGUUUCACAUGAACAUAUAGAAAACUCAUUACCCCUUCAAAUACAAGUUUUGAAGAAAUCAUAUGGUUGUAACUCCAAGUAUAAUUAUUAUGGAAUGGUAAGUAUGUGACACCUCGUUUUCAAUGUCUAAGAGAAGGAAUGUCUUUUAUAUCUAAUUAAGCUGUCUAUAUCUAAGCAUAUUUUAGUGAAAGGUUUUCACUACUGAAAAUAAUAAAUACAUAGGUAGUAUUAAUGCUCAAAUCCAUAACGUUGUUCAUUAGUGUGUUUAAAAAGUUAUGUACCUUUGCACAUGGCUGACCUAUGGAAACAACUGUACACGAGAGUAUUAUUUUGUUUUGUAUUUAAAAACAUUCAGGCUCCCAAUAAAUAAAUUUAUAUACUCUUACAUGGCAAAAAUCCAUUGGAAAAGUGAAAUUUCUUACUUCCCUAGUUUCUUAUAUAGUAAUUAAAAACCCCUAACUAUGAGGUUACCGAACCUCGCCCUUGGCUCGUUUUACAAGUUGCGUCAAACACGUGCGUUAAUUACCAUUAUUACACACUCUUAGCGUACUUUUCCAACUAACAUAACUAUGUAAUUAACAGUUUGAUCGAAAAUCUGUAGAUGUCACGUUUACAUAAUAAGUCAAAUUAAUGUCCCACUUCAAUAAUACUGAUUUGUUAAUCUCGCUGUUUAUUUUAUUUUAUUACUGUAUACAUAUGUAUAAGUAUAAUAGUAAUUUAUAUCAUACUUGAACUUAAUAUUUGUGUGUGUGCGUCCUCUUCUAUUUUUAUUCGUUCUGUACCUGUUAUAACAAGCAAGCAGCGCACCAAAGGAGUGUAACAAACUUUACCUGCGUCGCUCACCUUAAUUAAUUUCUUAACUCAUUUUUCGAUAUGUGAUUAUUGUCCUUCAUAAAAUCCGCAUUACAAAUAAUUCAAAUAAAUGGAGAAUUAAAUAAAAAAAUAACAAUAUAUUAAAUAAUAGCAGUAACCUACGGCUGCGCACGCAAUUUUGUAGUUUUGCAACUGAAUGAGCACUUCUGGUUCGAGUGAAUUGCAUUUCCGACUCCAAUGUUGUUUACCUUCUUGCUACAACCAAGAAAAUAUGAUGAAGAGUGUAUAUUGAUGGACAUUGUAAUUUACUAGGGUCUUAGUAUUUUUUUGUUCCAUAGUUGAUUUUGCCUUUGUCCCAAUAUAUAUUCUUCAUUGAUUGAUACAAAACUUGAAACUGUAAGAAAUAUUUCUAUAAUAUUGUUGAGGCUGUAAGAAAAAACAAAUUGUUUGGUCCUUACAUUUGAGAGAUGGUGGAAUAGAGGAGGUAUUCUACAAAUACAGGUACACUCUGUUGGAUAGAGCAGCGAUGGUUUGCCUUGGCUAGUAGUGCAUGUCUCGAUAUUUUAAAGUAUUGUUUGAGGAAAACAUAUUCAAAAUGUAUAAUUAUUUUAGAACGUGUGAACAAUAUUCAAUGUAUAUAUUGUUAUUCAGUAAAUAAACUAUGGCUCUGGUCGAUGUAUUUCACUUAUUACAAAUAAUUUAAAUAUUUUUGGUACAUUUUCUAUUUGGUUUCGGGUAAUUUUCAUUUCUUGAACACCACAACUCCUUGCUUGAGGAUUUCCUUGAGAUAGUAAAUUAAUUAAAAGAACAGUUCCCAUUACACACCACUAUUAACAUUGAGUACAAUUAAGUUUAUGCAUUUUUACAAAACUUAUUCAAGUGGAGUACAAAUAAAUAUACUACAUAUAUAGAAAUCUAUAUAUGAUAUUAUAAAUGAAGUUGACAUAAAACGUGUUUUAAGAGUUCACACACAACAUAACCAUUAUUCUACGAUUGAUUUGAGUGUAAAAGAUAUAAUAGACACUGGAUGGUUAGUGAAUUGUUCAUUUCAAAAUCUGAAACCAUUUAUUAAUUUAGAAUUUUAGAUUACGGAAGUGACUCGACCACGACAUGAGUGUGUUGUUUCUCGUUAGUAGUAGAUUAUUACGUAACUCCUAAAGUAUCGUAUUACCACAUAUCCUAUAGUAGUAUUGGAGACUUCUGGCUCGAUUUACUUGCGCCAACACUUUACUUGUCCUGAUCCACAUCAGUCAUGUUCCCUCGGUCGCACAGUAGCCACACUGCGGUCAGGUCACGUGACCUAGUCAGAUGUCAACCACCUACCAGUAGGCUGUCAGCGACCGGUCGCGAUGGACGACGUGGAGUUACAGCCUGUGGCAGUUGACCCCGUGCCCCCUGUGGUCCUCCAGGCAGGCAAGAGGCGCAACCCCCUGCCCCUCCAGAACUCCUACGCCGCAAAGAAGACGGUCGCCCAGGGGAUGAUGGAUGUGGCUCUCAUCACAGCCAACGCUAAUCAGAUGAAGUUUGUUCUCGAGUACGGCUCGGAGUCCGCGUCCUACUACCUGGUCCUGACGCUCCUGAUCAUCAGCCUCCUCCUGCAGAUUGUGGUGGGGGUCUCGUUGGUCUACAAAGGACGAUGUGACCUGAAGGGAGAGUCCAAGCUGGAGAUGGCCAACCGCAUCAACAACAGGGUGGUCAUCGGGGUCUUCCUCAUCACCAUCAUAAACGUGUUCAUCGCAGCUUUCAGCGUGACGGGACCGGCGAAGGAUCAGCACACCGCCUCGGCCCUAUGACGUCACCCAGAUGCUGUAUAACCAAAGAACGUUAUAAUUACUAUAAGGCACGUCUGUGAUGUACGAUACCUUGCCUGUGAUAACUUUUACAAAUAGCCAAUCACAGGAAUGCGUAGUUUUCAUGUUUGUUUUAGGUUUGAGCAAAAACAACAAAAGAUUAAAAAAUAAUUUAGUAUAUAUAAACAAAAGAAUAAUUUAUGUUAUUUUAGCUACUUCGGAAAUGGAAGAUUUUAAAUAGAUGUGAAAAUGGUGAAUUUUAUUUUAUAUAAUUCAUGCAAUGGGCAACAUUUUGCAAUAGUUCGAAUUUCUUAAAUACGAUGCAUUAUGGGUAACCUAAAAAACUGUUGGAUCGUAAUUGCUACUCCAGUGUUUAUAGUGUUGGCAACAAUGGUCUCCAUACAACGUGUUGUGGGAAUUUAAUUAUGUUUGCUGAAUGUGGUUGUAUGUUUGGUUGAAAUAAGUUACCUAAAAGUCAGGUGAUUUAUUAAAAUAUGAAUUCUGGAAUAUAACACAGAAUUGAUCAUAUGUCGGAAACUAGAUGUAGGUCUUGCCUGUUCUCGUGCUUGCGAAUAUCGGGCAGUGAGAAAAUUUCCCUUAUGAUAAUAAAACACAUUUAUUGUUUUUAUUCAUAUUUUUUUAAUAAGAAUUAUUAUUGUUUAGCUAGGAUACAUAGUUCAAGUAGAUGUACGUAACCGUUUUAUUGUUUUGUGUUAGUUUAAAGACACGUCAUACAAAAUUUGUACUGUUUUGUACUCAACUCAACAAAUUAAGAUUAGUCUACAUUUAAAGUAUAGGAUAGGCCUACUUUAUUUUAUAUUUAUGAUAAAACCUACUCUUGUACAUAGGCUAUUAGUUAUAAUUAUAAUAAAUUACUUUUUAAACAGUCGUCACCAAUGGCUAUACCAUCCUGAAUGUGUUAUUAUUCCGGAAGCCGUACAAAAGACCUCAGAUCAUUGUGCAUUAUUGCUGAAAGAUUGGAGAUAGAUUGUAUGGAAAUAUUUUAUUGAAACAUUUCCGUUAGAUUCGGACAAAAUUAUAUAUUGUUUCGUAUUUGUGGAAACGAUAAAAAUGAAUAAUCCGAACAGCAUACGAUAGUACUAAUUGUGUUAUGACCAAAGAUAACUCAGAUAGGCCUACUCAUUCUAUACUUGGAAUUUGUCUUUAAAAGAGAAUAGACCUUGCAUGCAAUAUGAAUAUUAUGUGGUAGAAAUUUUGUUUAUCCAAUGUGACAUAUGUGUGUUAAUAUUUUUCUGUAAUUUGUAAUCACCGUUCCCUUUGUUCGCCAUAACACUACGAGCAACCCAUAUCGUUUCACGUGCCAACAGAGUUUAGUAUUGGAUGCAGUAUCUUCUCAUGAACUUACAUAUACAAAAUUAUGAUGACCAAAGAUAUAAAUAGGAAUAUUCCCUGUGGUUAAUGUAAUAGUACCCUGAUCAGUAAUUAUUAAAUUUAGUGUAUACAACACACUCGUGCACACAAAUUUUGAUUAGAUGACUAAUUAUUAUUUUGAAUAUUAUAUAGACAAAGUCUAAAAGUGUACCGCAUGUUUUGGUUUUAAAUAAGUUAAGAAUUACCCGAAAAAGCAAAUACUAUAUGCGUUAACAUAUGUGUGUUACUGAAAGAUAAUGUAAUUAUUAAAUAAUGUAAUACACGUUGGUUUUCAUUAUUGAAUAAGUGGCACACGUAAAAAACCUUCCCUUACCUAAUUAUAUGGCUGCAUAUAUUAUAUUUGUAAGAUAAUGCAAUUAUUGAUAAGUCUAUCUGAAAUAAAUCACCGUUAUACUUA